AUGGCACCAAAACGAAGCAAGAAAACUUCAAACUCUUGCUCAUCAUCAAAACAUAAAAAUCAAUUCGCUGUGGAAGCAAUUCUGAACAAGCGAAUGACAAUUGAUGGGAAAGUUGAAUAUUUACUUAAAUGGCAGGGACACACGGAAGACGAAAAAUCGUGGGAGCCUGAAACAAAUCUCAGCUGCUCUGAUUUGAUUGAAAAAUUCAACAAAUUUCAAAAACGAAAUGAAAAAGCUACUUCGUCCGAACCUGUUGAACAAAUUAUUGGUGCUGCAUGGAUGGAUAGUGAGGUAAAAUUAAGAUAA